GCUCUUCUCUUUCUCUGUUCCUGCUGCUACUGUCACCACUGCCGCCGCCGUGGUUGCCGUGGUCGUGUAGCUCUCUGCAGCUGGUCAAACGGCCUCUGCGGCUCCCGGGUGCGGAGCGAGAUAAGCGGCACAGCGAUCCCGUCCCGGGAGGAUCGCCGCUGAUUGCAGAGCCUUUUCUCCUCACAGGUUCUUUCUCCUCCCGCGAUGUCCGGUCGAGGGAAGUCGGGAGGCAAAGUCCGAGCCAAGGCCAAGUCGCGGUCGUCCCGCGCGGGGCUGCAGUUCCCGGUAGGCCGCGUUCACCGACUCCUGCGCAAGGGCAACUACGCUGAGCGCGUGGGGGCGGGCGCGCCGGUCUACCUGGCGGCAGUGCUGGAGUACCUGUCGGCCGAGAUUCUGGAACUGGCGGGCAACGCGGCCCGCGACAACAAGAAGACGCGCAUCAUCCCGCGGCACCUGCAGCUGGCCAUCCGCAACGACGAGGAGCUCAACAAGCUGCUGGGUGGCGUGACCAUCGCGCAGGGCGGCGUCCUGCCCAACAUCCAGGCCGUGCUGCUGCCCAAGAAGACCCAGAGCUCCAAGAAGUGAGGGGGAGACGCAGCUGGGGGGCGGGAGCCUAGCACCCCAAGGACCUGCCCUCGGAGCCGCCUGCAUCUGUCUGGCUCCUGGGCCGGGGUGCAGGGGCAGCCUGGGUGGGCUGUGGUUUGAGACCCUAGGCUAAUCGGCUGGACUGGGUCCUCCGGUACGUCCCAAGGAAGCGCCCGCCGAGCCAUUGGUGGGGGCUGCGGUGCCAAGAUGUCUACCUCUCCUCUCCUAGGAUGUAGACGCUCCCCUCCUCUGUGGGUGAGCCCGCCGCGAAGCUGACCAGAGAUGUGCAGGGAACGGGACAGGACAGGACAGGUGGCCCCUCCCUACACUUUUUCCCCCCUAAAAGCCUCCUGCUCUCUAGGAGCUCUCUGUUAUUUCCUGUUGGUGGGUGGUAGCCGAGGUCAUUUAUUUCUCUCGUACAGGUUGGGUCACUUUAAUGGGGGGAGGGAGGCUGACUUUGUCCUUUUGGUUCCUAAAAUAAACAGUUUCAUGGUGGCGUCACCAUUGCCCGCUUC